AUGGAGGACGAUUCCGAGGAGGAAUUUCAAAACGCGUACGAUCUUGAGGUCUUCAGCAUAUGGAGGCUAUAUGCUGACGUUUUGCCUGCGCGAGCCGAGGACAAGGGCUCCCAUCACCUGAUGCGCCAUGAGUCGGUCAACGGACUCACCAUUACAAUUAAAGCCCUCCGAGCAUUACAACCUUGGGCCGCUGGCGCUGCUACCGCAGCAGGCCCCGCUGCCGCCAUGGCCGUUCCUCAAGACGCGGCGGGUGCGGGACCUUCUCGCCCCAGCGCAGCCAUCAGCGACGGGCGCCUAGCCUUAUCCCAAGACAUGAGCUUGCCCUGGCGGUAUGUGGCAGUGGUGCUGUGCGUGGAGCCAUACGCCUACCCGGCACCGUUACACCAAAUCAUCAAAGCGAACAGCGGGAUGUGUCAUGUCUGGGCGUGUAUCCUUGUGUCGGAGCGGGCGAAGGGCGAGAAAGUAAAGGGGCGGCUAAGGAAAACAGCUGCCGGCGGCGAUAGCAGGUGCGGCGGCGGCUGGCACCAUGGCUGUGACAGCCGCGGUGGCGGUGGGGGUGGCGCGUGUUCCUUUCCCUUGAACUUGAGUGAGGAGGAUCGCGAGGAGGCUCCCCAGCUGCGACUGCUGGUCAUGUACUCGGAGGGGGUUUCGGAGCUGGCGGCUCGGCUGUGCCUACCCUCAUGUCGCAAAUUGGAGUCAGCCACUGCGGACGUGGCGGAGGUGCAGACCCAUGGGUCACGGCGCCCCGGAUGGACGCCGCCGGCUCAUGGAGACCUGCGGUGGCCCACUACUUUGGGAUCCGUACAAGGACUGCCGAGUACGACAGUGCGGCACGGCGGAUCUCUGGCCUCGUCAGCGGCCUCCGCGGCGGCGGCAACGGCGGCGGCGGCGGUGCGGCGGGCAAGGAAAAGGGUGCACGGGUCGACGAGUUUGGCGCAGCCGGCAGCGGCAGCGGAGGCGGCGGCAGCGCCGCAGCCGCCGGCGGCCGGCGGAGGGGUUCAUGACCGGAGGCCUGAACCAGCUGAUGAGCCGUUCAGCUUCGUGCGUGUACGAAUGGUACAUUGCCAGAUCAGGCACGAGUCUGUUUGGGAGUCACCUAACCCGGCCGUCCGGCCUGAAAGUGCGGGAGUGGAGAUCCCAACGAUUGCUUUAGAUCCGUACGACAAGGCUGCUGGGCCGUUAGGAGCCGCGGCCGCCGGCACCAGCAUGUCAGUGGAUCUUGGCCUCCGGGGAUGGACGCUCCGGAACCUGCUGGAGGCUCCACGUCAGCAAGUUGCCGUACUACCCGGCGCCAGGGUGGAGACGCUGGGUGAGGAUGGCCUUGCAGCGGCGGCAGUAUCGGCAGCGGCGAGCGGGGGCGGCGGCGGUGGUGGUGGGGUUGGUUGCGGGGAUGGGCUUAUGGCGGUGGCAGCGGCGAAGCGACGCUGCUGCCGGGCCGAGCAUCUGCGGCGUCGCUGGCAGCGACGGCGACGACGGCUGCUCAAGGGGCCCAUGGAGGACUUGGACGAGCAGAUUUUUAAGGACGAGAAGCGACAUGUGUUGUGGUCUUGGCACGCGCCGUACAUAUCUGGUGAGGAUGAAGGUGAAGACGGUAACGGCGUUGGGGACGGCGGCGGUGACGGAGGCGACGCAACAGGUGACGCCGCUGACGGCAGCGGCGGUAAGAGGCUGCGGUGGGGCCGCCGGCUGUACGAUGAAGCAGCGGAUGACCUCCACUGUGAGAUCUGCAAAUCACCGUACACGUACGACAACCUGGCCUGUCUCAUGGCGCACAUUAGGUCGUGCCACAGUGAGUUGACGGCUAUCUUGGAGUGCGAUGCCAGGCCCGUGGAGGCCGCCGCCGUGAGAAGACUGGCGGCGGAUGAGGACGUUGACGGCGACCUGUACGAUGACAGUGCAGCGGCGCCGCGCGCGUGCAUCCGCCUCAUGUGCUCCCCUGAUGCAUCAGAUUGGAUGUCGCUACUGAUGCCGCUUGACACCCCGUACGGAAAUCGUCCCGACCGUACCAUGCCGUACAGCUCCGUACGGUACCUCAAGACAGUCGAGGAGGAUUGGGUGAUGUACGAUGGGCGCAUUUUCGACACGACUAGCGACUAUGUUGGAGAAGAUGAUCAGAUGCUGGGAGGGCAAGGGGAGGCGCGGGAGGUGCUUCAAGACGAUGGGGCCGCGGCAGGCGGUCACCUUGUCCCUGAGGAGGUGCAGGAGCUACAGCCGGGGGCAGAGCAGCAGCAGCAACAGGUUGGUGAAAUGGGGCCCCGCGGUAACCCUUCCGAUUGGGCCCUAUGCCGCCCCCGCAGCACCGGCGGAGACAGCGGCCGUAUCAUUGGCGGCGGUGGCACCACAGCUGGCGACGCUAUCGUAAUAUCUGAUGACAGCGACGACGACGACGACGAAGACGAGGACGGAGAUGUGGUGGGUGCACGACUCGUGGGUGGGAGCAACGCAACCGUAAUGGAUGAUGACGAUGACGAUAGUGAUGGUGAUGGAAGGGGCGACAAGGCGGACGCUAAUGCUGGCGGCGCCGCGGCCGCCAUGCCGGUAGUGUGCUUUGCUGCGACCCGCGAACACGUCGAACAGCAGGCCCCCGGUACCGCCGCCGCCGCUACUGCCGCCGCCGUCAGCCAGAGCCUCCCUGAUGGGCCUUAUGGCGCUUCGGGCGUUCGUCCAACCACAGAUGACUCAUCAGUGCCGCGAGUCCCAACCAUGCUGCGAAUUGAGCUACCGGCUCCAGCCCCCCUGGAGCCCUGGACCUUGUCCGCUGCCGCCAGAGGCGGUGCCGCUGUGGCCGACAGAGACGGAGGCGGAGGCGGCUGCCGUGCCGGUGCAGGCCGCCGGCGCAAAGCCUGGCAUCCUCUGCGACUGAUGCUUGUGAGCCACUUGGAGUGUGCGGCUGGGGCGGCAGCGGCGGCGGGGGAGGAGGAGCAGGAGGAGAUCAACCUUGCGGACUCCCAGGGUGCUUGGCUGGAAGCCGAGGAUGGCGAUGUGUACGGCCGCAGCAGCGGCGGCGGAGGAGGAGGAGCAGGAGCAGGAGGCCGUGGCAACUGCCCCGGCGGCGUGGGCGGCAGUGGCAGUGGCAGUGGCAGUGGCAGUGGCAGUGGCGGGACCCAACAGCGAUGUAUUCAAGCCGGCAAGCGGGAUGGCACCGGCCACGAGGCUGCCGUCGAAGCCGCCGGCGCAGCGGCCGCGCCGGAAGGCUUUGGGACCGAGUUCCCGUCUCGGCCCAUUGCGAUGGAUGCAGAUGCCAUGGCAGCUGCAGCUACUGCUGCUGCUGCAGCCGAGCCCAAAGGUGCCACUGCUCCUCCACGGCGCGCACCUGCCGGGUGCCCGAGGCCGCCAAAGCCACCGUUACAUCGCCUGCGAGAGGGCAUGCCUGGAAGCAGCGGCGGUGUCGGCAGCGGCGAUAACGACGUUGUCGGUAGCAAGCGCAGCCGCCCGGCUGCAACCGGCGUCGGCAAUGCUGGGCGCCUCUGUCGCCGCGGUGGCGGCGGCGGCAGUGCAGCAACAGCCGCCGCCGCCGCCGCAGCAGCAGCAGCAGCAGCGGCCUGCUGCCGGCUCGUCCGAGUGACUAGCAGCCAGCAGUUGACCCGGCCAGGGCUGUGUCAGGACUUAGGGUUGGCCAGGGUGUUCGUACAUUCCCGUAGCCUGAUGCCCCUCAGCAAGGAGGAGGUUGAGCGGAGGUUUGGGGCGGCAAUGAAGAAUACAGCGACGGCGGCGGCGGUGAUGGCAGCGGACGGGGGGCCCUCGACCGCGGUGGCGGCGGCGGCGGCGGUGGCCGGGCCCACCACUCUGGAGGACACUGCCCAGGCCCAGGCCCAGCCUGCCCAAGUCGCUGUGGGAGUGACGGUGACUAGCGACUCCGACAGCGACACCGAUGACGAGGAGUGGGAGCGUGGAUUCGGGACUGCCGUGCAGCGCACCGCUAUCUCCAACAUCGUCGCCUUUUUCUUCAUCUAUCUUUUAUCUCCAGGCGAACAGCAUUUCAUGUUUUUGUGGAAUCGCUUUGCCCGCCGGAACCCGCUCCACAGCGACCGUAUCAUGCCGGAAAGGCUGUUGCAGUUUGUCAAAGGUUCCGAGGGAGCCGAGAUUGCCGCAUCACCCAACUUCCCCGACCUACGGCGGGCCCUGACAGCGCACCUACUUGUGAUGCGGGAAUUCGCGCUUGCUGGCCCCGAAACCAUUAUCAGUUGCCUUGGGUGCCUGGAUGAGCGACGUCAGGCCCAUCUGGACACAAUCGGUAGCGGGAAGGGGCGGCGUGCAGGGCAGCUCGAAGGGGAGCUCGAAAACACCGAGAGACAUUGCAGCGAAGCUGACGUUGGAGUUGAACGGAUGUCAUUGGGAGUUACUUAA